AAUUAUAAUAAUAAUAACAGCGGGUGUGUGUUGUGGUCGUGCAGCUCGACCUGCUGUGGUUCGGUACCGGAGCGGCUCCUGCAGAUACUGUAGCGCCAACUGUGUUUUACAGUCUGUCUGCAUUGCGUCGAAACCCCCCUCCUCUCCUCUCUCACUCCCCUCACUCUCUCUCUCUCUCUCUCUCUCUCCUAACCCCUCCCUCCCUCCCUCCCUCCCUCCUUCACUCACUUCUUCUUCUUCUUCUUCUUUUCCUCUCUACAUGAAAUCCUGCAAUAUGCGUCCAAAUCAGCGGAGACCCGUCCUGCCUGGUGCUCGGGCUGGAUCUCUGAGUUCCGGAUCUUAAAGCGGUUUCUCCUCCAAAAAGCCUCCGCGUUUCUCUUUCCAUUUUUUUUUUAAAUACUGCAGCAAAAAAAAACAGGAGAGAGCCGCUUUCUGCUGAUGCUGCAGUGUCCAGUCCUGCUUCUCCUCCUCAGACCCGGAGCUUCACCCACUGCUGGAUUUUCUCCGCCUUGCUCUUUUAUUUCCAGCAUGAUUUUGAUAAAUUGUCAGUCAGGAUUUUUGCAGCUGAGCCGCGGUUCAAAGCCGUCUGAAGCCUCCUCCUCCUCCUCCUCCUCCUCCUGCUGCUGCUCCUGCAGCCCGCAGCUCCGAUCGACGCUGAAAACCAACACCAAGAGGAUACGGAUGUUGACCAAGACAACAUAAGUCUAUUAAUUUUUCAGAGAUCCUGUAAAACGAUAUCAGUAUUAAAGCCAAGUUGGGAGAAGGUGUGCACAGUGAGGAGCUCCAUCUGCUGCAGCUCAGCACAGGUGACGGCGCUCUGCUGAGAUGUUCAGCUCGGAGACGACGACGACGGCGAGGGAAGCUCUGCGCGGCUCGCAGCCUCACUAGAGGCUCCUUCACUUCGACCUGCUGUCCUUCACCUUCACGCCGCUUCCUCUUCCCGUCCUCCCCCCGCCAGGAAGGAUGACUGUGGUGUCCACCGAGAACAUGGACGAGACCUCCACCCUGCCGGGGCACCCGCAGGACCCCUACCCGCCCGACGACGACCACGACGACCACGACUGCUGCGAGCGGGUGGUCAUCAACAUCUCGGGGCUGCGCUUCGAGACCCAGCUCAAGACUCUGGCGCAGUUCCCCGAGACGCUCCUCGGGAACCCCAAGAAGAGGAUGCGCUACUUUGACCCUUUACGAAACGAGUAUUUCUUCGACCGGAAUCGCCCGAGUUUCGACGCCAUCUUGUAUUACUACCAGUCCGGGGGGAGGCUAAGAAGGCCGGUCAACGUGCCGCUGGAUAUGUUCUCGGAGGAGAUUAAGUUUUACGAACUGGGCGCGGAGGCCAUGGAGAAGUUUCGGGAGGACGAGGGAUUUAUCCGGGAGGAGGAGCGGCCCCUGCCGGAGAAGGAGUUCCAGCGGCAGAUCUGGCUCCUCUUCGAGCAUCCGGAGAGCUCGGGGCCCGCCCGGGGGAUCGCCAUCGUCUCGGUGAUGGUUAUUCUUAUUUCAAUAGUCAUAUUUUGUUUGGAGACGUUACCGGAGCUGAAGGAGGACUCCAGCCAGCGGAUGCGCGUGGUGGGGAACAUCACGGUGUAUUACAAGGCCAACGUGCUGACGGACCCUUUCUUCGUGGUGGAGACGCUCUGCAUCAUCUGGUUCUCUUUUGAGUUGAUAGUCCGGUUUUUCGCCUGCCCCAGCAAGGCGGCCUUCUUUAAAAACAUGAUGAACUCCAUCGACAUCGUGGCUAUAAUCCCGUACUUCAUCACGCUGGGGACGGAGCUGGCCGAUGACCAGGAGAACAAGGAGGGGAAGGGAGGUGGGGAGCAGGCCACGUCUCUGGCUAUUCUCAGGGUAAUCCGCCUGGUGAGGGUGUUCAGGAUCUUUAAACUGUCCCGGCACUCCAAGGGGCUCCAGAUUUUGGGGCAAACUCUAAAGGCGAGCAUGCGGGAGCUGGGCUUGCUCAUUUUCUUCCUCUUCAUCGGUGUGAUUUUGUUCUCCAGCGCCGUCUACUUUGCCGAAGCCGAGGAGAAGGAGUCGUUCUUCACCAGCAUCCCGGACGCCUUCUGGUGGGCCGUGGUGUCCAUGACCACGGUGGGCUACGGUGACAUGUACCCCGUCACCAUCGGGGGGAAGAUCGUGGGCUCGCUGUGCGCCAUCGCCGGCGUGCUGACCAUCGCGCUGCCGGUUCCCGUCAUCGUGUCCAACUUCAACUACUUCUACCACCGGGAGACGGAGGGCGAGGAGCAGGCCCAGCUGCUCAACGUUAGCAACCAGAACUUGGCGUCGGACACCAACUCGAGCCGCCGCAGCUCCUCGGUGGUCAGCAAGUCGGAGUACAUGGAGAUAGACGAGGACAUGAACAACAGCAUCGAUAACUUUAGGGAAGCGAACCUUAGGACUGCCAACUGCACGGCGCCGAGCCAGAACUGUGUGAACAAGGCGAAGCUGCUCACCGACGUGUGAGGCGGCGUCCGGCGCCACCGAUGUAAAUAUUGUAGAAAUAUCUCGAUGCUUUAUCUCCAUUGGUGCAUUUUAUUCUUCUUUUGCAUUGAUUCAUUCAAACGUGUGUGUGAAGACUUUGGGAGUUCGACGCACACAUGGCAAAUUUAUCAAAGCUAGAGACUCACUUAUUCCAGGGACACGACGACAGACUUGUUUGGCAAUAGCACAACGAUCGGCAGGUGUCGGUGGAACAUUUUGGAUAAAUUAUUCACUCAUUUUAAACGUUUUUUUACCAGUUUGUAAGAGGCAGGAGUUUACCCAGCAGGAAGAGUCUAAAUAAAGACACCACAGAGGAGAGCUCGACCUCUGCUGCUCCGAUUUUAACCAUUCCAAAGUUACAAAGACAAGAGAGAUCUAACAAGACAUAUUAUGGUCGUUAUUACAGAGUUGCACUAUGGGAAAUGUAAGAACAAAUGUCACGAUAUUUUGGUCUCUGUUGCACCAAUUUGUACCAUUUGAGAACAUGCAAGAGAUAUAUUUCAAAAUCAAACUUUGGGUAUUGAUUUUUGACAAAGAUGUCUCAAUAAACUUCUGUUUCAGGCUGUUGAAGCUAAACUUUCUGUUCAGCUUGACGUUUUCUUGAAAUAAUCUGUAGAAUCACUGCCUUUUUUAGAAUAAAUCAGAUGAAAAACAUCUUAUUUUAGAGCUUUUCAUGGAUGCACAAGCGAGAACAAUGGGAGCUAAACCUUGAGACAAAAGUUGGGAUAAUUUGUACCGUUUGAUUUUGAAAUAUAUCUCUUGCAAGUCAUCUGACUUUGGAUAUGCAUUUAUGAUCAAGAUGUCAAGAUAAAACCUCAGUUUCAGGCUGUAGAAUCACAGCUUGUUUUAGAUGAAUUCAGAUGAAAAACAUCCUGUUUUCGAGAAGAAAGGGAAAUAAAACUUGAGACAAAAUUCACAAUAUUUUAGUCUCUGUUGGACCAAUUUUCAAGCUUGACUUUGGGAUUUAUUUUUGACCAAGAUGUCAAGAUACAUAAUCUUAGUUUCAAGCUGUUGAAGAUAAACUUUCUGGUCAGUUUGACGCCUCUUAAAAGUAUCACUGCCUAUUUUAUAUGAAUUCAGAUGAAAAACAUGCUGUUUUGGAGAAGAAAGUGAUAUAAAACUUGAGACAAAAUCCAGGAUAUUUUAGUCUCUGUUGGACCAAUUUUAAAGCUUGAUUUUGAAAUAUAUCUCUUGCAAUUUUGGGAUUUAUUUUUGAACAAGAUGUCGAGAUAAAACUUAAGUUUCUGGCUGUUGAAGCUAACCUUUCUGUUCAGUUUGACGUCUCUUGAAAUAAUCUGUAGAAUCACUGCCUAUUUUUAGAAUAAAUCAGAUGAAAAACAUCACAUUUUGGAGCUUUUCAUGGAUGCACAAGCAAGAACAAAGGGGGCUAAACCUUGAGACAAAAGUUGGGAUAUUUUAGUGUCCAAUGCACCAAUUUGUACCCUUUGAUUUUGAAAUAUAUCUCUUGGAAGUUAUCAAACUUUGGAUAUGAAGUUUUGACCAAGAUGUCAAGAUAAAUCCUCAGUUUCGGGAUGUUGAAGUUAAAUUUUCUGUUCAGCUUGACAUCUCUUGAAAUUAUUUGUAGACUCCGCUUGUUUUUGAUUAAUUCAGAUAAAAACAUCUUGUUCUGGAGCUUUUCAUGAAAAAUGUAUUUGUGGAGCACCUUUCAAGAAGUGGAUUGAGAAUUAUAAUGAAACAGAAGAUAAAAACAAGUUGAUUAAAAUAGAUUAAACAAGAUAGUCUCAGAUUUAGUUUAAUGCAAAGAAGUUGCAGAGAGGAAAGUUU